AUGCCGAAGGGUAGCAAGGGUCGCAAGAAGGCGGAGCCGCCGGACGAGGGCCUGCCGUCGGACAUGGAGGACGAGCUGGACCAGUUCAGCAAAGGGCGUGACAAGGUGGCCCUGGACGUCAACGACGACGUCGCCAGCGGCAGCGGCAGCGAGGGCGAGGAGGGGGUGUACAAUUUGUCGGGAGGGGACGAUGACAGCUCGGGGUCCGGCUCCGACGACGACGUCGACCUGGACGACGACGAGGACGACGACGAGGAGCUCCAGAACCUCAAGGCGCAGGCACGGCUCCUGCGCCGCAAGCUCAAGGUCGCGGAGGGCGAAUCAGAGUCGUCCGACGAAGAGGAUGUGGCGAAAAAGCAGCUGCGUGAGCGUCUUUGGGGUGCGAGCAAGCGCGGGUACUACGACGCGGACGACGCGAGCGACGAGGGCGGCAGCGGGUCCGACGAGGACGUCGGCGAGCUCCCCGAGGCCCUGCGCAUCCAGCGCGAGUCCAUGCAGCACCUCACCGCCGCCGACGUCGGGUUCGACGACAGCGACCUGGAGCUCGGAGACGAGCCCGAGAAACCCGGCGAGGCCGCGGCCGGCAGCUCGGGGGAGUCUUCGUCCGGGUCCGAGGACGACGACUCGGACGCCGAGCCGAUCCUGGAGCGCGUUGUCGACGAGGAGGGUCCGCAGCAGCGGGUGCUGGAGGACAUCGCGCGCGACGCGCCGGAGCUGGAGGCGCUGCUGGGCGAGAUGCGCGCGAGCCUCGCGGAAGUGCGCGAGCGCGUCAAGCCCGUGCUCGACGUCGUGAAGGAGGGCGAGCUCGCGACGAAGGAAGGGAUCAGCUACUUGGAGGCCAAACACCUGUUGCUGCUCGAGUACUGCGCGCUGAUCGCGUUCUACGUGCUGCUGCGCGCGGAGGGCCGGCCCGUGCAGGACCACCCGGUCGUCCCCGCGCUCCUGCGCACGCGGGCGUAUCUGGAGAAGAUCAAACCGAUCGACAAGAAGUUGGCGUAUCAGAUCGACCGGCUGGUGCAGGCCGGGGAGCGCGCGGAGGAGCUGGCGGGCGCGGGCGGCGCGGGCGAGGACGGCGGGGACGGGGACGGCGCGGGCGAGGACGCGUACGCGGCUCCGCGGCCGGGCGCGCUGGUGGUGGGCGGCGGCGCAGGCGGGGAGGAGGGCGGGGAGGAGGAGGACGGCGGGGUGUACAAGCCGCCGCGGCUGAAUCCGACGGCGAUGCCGGAGGAUAUGGAGCGGUCGCGGCAGAAGCGGGAGGAGCGGAGGGAGAAGGAGCUGCGGCGGCGGGCGCUGCGGAGCGAGGCGGUGCAGGACCUGGUGGAGGAGGUGACGGGGGCGCCGGAGACGAUGCGGCAGCGCGUGGCCGGGAUGGACACGCAGGCGGCGCUGCGGGAGCGCGCGCGUCUGGCCGAGCGCGAGCGGGCGGAGGAGGAGCUCAUGAUGCGUGUGCCGAUGAGCAAGGAGGAGCGGAAGCGGCUGAAGAGGCACCGCCGGAGCGCGCUGGCGGGCGGCGGCUUGGUGGACGACAUCGCGGCGGGCGUGGCGGGGAUCGUGGGCGACGAUGGCGGCGAGGGGGACCUGUUCGGCGGGCCGUCAGCCCAGAGGUAUGGGGGCGUGGAACCAGCUUCGCGGCGCGGGCCGUCGGGGGACCAGGACCUGCCGCAGCGCGAGCAUCUGUCGCAGCGGCGUGCGCGCGUGGACGCGAAGCGCGCGCGGGAGGCGGCGGCGGCGGAGGAGCGGGCGGCGGCGGCGGCGGCCGCGCGCGCGAAGCGUGGGACGAAGGACGCGUUCUACGAGGAGGCCGAGGCGGUGCAGCGGUCGCGGAAGAAGGCGCGGAAAGAGCAGUACCAGGUGCCGGCGCAUCCGCCCGCGGAGGACCCCGUGGCGGACGGCAACCGCGGGGUCAGCAAGAGCAUUUUGGCCAACCGCGGCCUGACGCCGCACCGCCGGAAGGACCAGAAGAACCCCCGCGUGCGCGCCAAGGGCAAGUACGAGAAGGCCAAGGUGCGCCGCGGGGGGCAGGUGCAGCAGGUGCAGGCCCAGGACGGGGCGUACGGCGGCGAGCUCACCGGCAUCAAGAGCAAGGUCGCCAAGUCGGUGCGGAUCUCGUAG